AUGGCUUCUAUCCGUAUGGUCGCAUCUAUUAGGAGCCCAAGGUCGAUGCGCGGGCAGAUGUACCGUCUACUCAGCUACAUUGCUGACCACAUGGUCCUGAGGUGUGAGAGAUCAAUGGAUCUUCUGCUGGGUAUAGUUGUCAUCCUUGGAUGGUUCCACCACCACUGUAUCGCGCAUGCUCAGUUUGACAUGCUCGUCUCACAGGCAGCUUGUCUUCUUGGGGAGUUGGGUUUGAAGCGUGGCCCCAGCCUGACAGAGCGGACAAGACUUAUCGUCAUGCGGCCGUGCGAGUUGAAGCAGCGGACGAACGAAGAGAGGAGGCUGCUGUUGGCCGUAUGGUAUCUCAGCUCAUCGGUCUCCUUAGACGUUCAGCAAAUCGACCCCAUGAGGUUCUCGGCAUACAUGGAGCAAUGCUUGCGUGAGCUGGAAGAGACCAUGGAAUACGAGUCGGACAUUCACGUUAUCUACAUCGCCAGAGUUCAACGUUUAGCGGAGAGGAUCUCUCAGAUUCGUGCAAACGAAGACUGGGAUGGGGGUUUGGGACUUCCGAAGGCUCCAAUCUCAGCCUACGCGUCCAGCUUCCAGGCCGAGCUAGACAAGCUUAUCGAUAACAUGCCUCCAAGUUUAGAAGACAAACACUUUCUGAAAGUCCAAAUGGCCACCGCGCGGCUCCGUCUCUACGAACCACCAAAGAUCGACGCCGAACUUCUCGCCUCUCUGUCAAAUUCCCUCAAGUCCCUCGCUUCAGGUCACAACUCGGCUCUGGAUAUCUUUUACCAGGCCAACGCAGCACUGAAAUCAUGGUUCGAUGCAUGGCUCGCAAUUCCAAUCUCCGCCUUCUACUCUUGCCCCCUCCCAAUGGCGUUACAGCUGAUCUACGCGGUGGUGAUGAUUAGUCGCUGGGCGUGGCUCGCCGCCAGUAACAGUGAACCUUCAAAGCUUGCACCCGUCGCCGACCCGUCGAAUGACAACCCGAACGUGGCCCUGGCGGCGAUGGAGGCAGCUAUCAACCCCAACACGCCUGUCUCAAUCUCUACGCCUUCGACAUCGUCUAAGUCGCCUUCGCGGGAUCAGUCUGCGCCUGAGAGAAGCCUGCCUCAAGUCCUCGCUGAGCUGAGGGCCCAGCUCUCGAGACAACCUGCGCUCAUGAUUGACGUAGCGGAUAUCCUCAACAAAGUGGCUACCCAGCUGGAGGAGGUCGACGCAACAAUGGCGGCGGUGUCGGCUGACUCUGGGCCAUGGAGGGGUAACAUUUACACUUUGGGCGCGACAAAGGUUAGAAUCGCACAGAUCAGACAGAGGAGGUGGGCCGAAAUGGUGUCCAAAGGGGAGGAGGAGGAGGAUGAUGAUGAGGGUGGCGAACAGGAUGGAAUGGGUGAGGUAGACAUGCAGGGGAACAUACCAGCGAACUUUUCGACCAUGGGAAGUUGGGGGUAUGAUAUGACCUGGGGGCCUGAUGUCUAUGAUAUCGUCGACCCAUCACUGUUCAUGGAUGGGAUGGGCGGGGCGAUAGGAGACUGGGCUGGUGUUGGGUUUACAGGCAUGGCAUCAGCGGAGCAGCUGGAUGGGACGCAUAUUCCCGGCCAAAGAUAUGUGUGA